AAUUCCUCACACAAAAUAACUACAAACCCACUUCUUCUAGGGUUUGAGAGAUGGCAUCCAAAACAACUUCCUCGCUUGUUCUCUUCCUUGCACUCAAUCUCUUCUUCUUUGCCCUGGUAAGUUCUUGUGGCACAUGCCCCAACCCUAAUCCGAGACCAAGGCCGACGCCAAAUCCGACGCCAAAUCCGACGCCAAAUCCGACGCCAAAUCCUAGCCCUUCAACUGGCACCCGCUGCCCUAGAGAUACUCUCAAAUUAGGGGUUUGUGCUAAUGUCCUCAAUGGGUUACUUAACAUCACCGUUGGCAAACCUCCCGUACAACCUUGCUGCUCUCUCAUCCAAGGGCUCGUUGACCUUGAGGCUGCUGUUUGCCUUUGCACUGCCAUCAGAGCCAACAUUUUGGGUAUCAACCUCAACAUUCCACUUUCUCUCAGCUUGCUUCUUAAUGUUUGUGGAAAUAAGGUUCCCAAAGGUUUCCAAUGUGCCUAAAAGCUACAAUAUAUGAUCCUUAAUUUCUUGUAUCUUUAUGAUUUGGCCUUCGUACUUGUUAUAAAAUAUUCAGUGUGAAAUUGUUGUGGAAUGAUGGAGUUUGUAAGUGGGAAUUUAUCAUCUCAUUUGUUAUGGCGGUUGCCUGAUUAAGGGGUGAUAAGAUUCAAUUCAUGAUGUUUUCCUCAUUAUUAUGGGAAUGAAAUGUCCUUUAACUU